AUGGCCUCCAGUACUUCUGCCUCCGUUGAAGCCUUGUCCCAAGUCUUCCAGACUCAGUUUGAAGACAUCUGCCGAGACAUCCAGGGCUCGGUCCUUUCUGACAUUAUUGCGCCCUGGACUGACGAUAACGGCGCUGUCACUGAAUCCUGUAUCCUCGGCCCCUCCGUGGAAGGAGGAAUGCCAGAGAGGCUAGCUGUCCAUUUGAGGGACAACUUGGAUUGGAAUGUCGCCAGGCCACAGCCCCAAUGGCCAACCUCGACCCCAGACUGGGAAAAAUGCCUGCCGAGGAUGAAGCAUUUCUUCGGCCAGCAAUGGAAGGAUCAAGGUAUCUACCACUUGAUCAAGCUGUUCGAUCGGCCGCUUGUUAUGGACCGGUUGCUCUUGGCCGCGGCCCUAUGCUUCUGGUCGUCAGCCACCAACACCAUGAACCUUUGA